AUGGGCACCAUGCCUUUUCGAUUUGGCUCGCCGGAACACGAUGUGCUUCUGUUGAAAGAAGUCUUGGAUGUGAAGCCCUUCUCCCAGCCGGUCAUGAAAGCCGCAUGGGAAGACGUGCAAGCUGCUCUCAACGACAUGGGAAUGGCCGCUACAUAUCUAACGUGCCGUGACCGCACCUUGAAGUUGAUCAACACGCCUGGAAGCGAAGCCAAUUUUGAUACAGAGAAAGAGCUGCUGCUGCAGCAAGUGAGGGAGGAAUACCUUCAAGGAUUGGCACUGCGCGAGGAAAGGAAAGGCAGACACACGGAGAAUUCAACCCUGGGAUCACCAUCCCCAUCAAAGAGACAUGUCCACAUCUCUUACUACGAGGGGAAAAAGAGGAGGGAAGAGGAAAAACUCUCUCUGAAGAGGGAGGAACUCGCCUUGAAACGAGAUCAGUUCACCUUCCAGCGCGAGCUGCUCAAGGCCGAGAGAGAGGAAAGAGAGCGCAGGGACGAGCGCGAUCGCAAGGAGAGGGAGGAAAGAAUGAAUGCAGAUCGGGAAGAGAAGCAUGAGAUGCGAGAGAUGAUCAUGCAACUUGCCAGGAAAUUUCGCCAUUAACAAUAAAGAAGUGAGGGGGAGAGACAAAGAGGCCUUUUCUUUUCCGCAUCACGAAACAACAAAAAAGCAGCAACAAUGAAAUGGCGACCGUCCGUAAUUUACUGCAAUUUAUUUUUCCGCUUUGGCAUGUGUGCAACCUAUUUCGGCCGAUGAGAACUUCUGAGUCUCAAUUUUUCGAUAAUCUUAAAAAGACUUGUUUUAUAUAUUCUG